CAGUUCUCCGUUUCAUUUAUCAUCUAAUCUUUUCUCUGUCUUUCCAUCCGAGCAGGUUUGGUGAUGGAAGAUUUCCCUGCUCAAGAGCUGAGGUGUAUCUCCUCAAGAAUUGCCAAAGAUGAAGAGCAGGAAGAGAUCGCUGGUGAUCUCAAGAGAUCAGGGGGACAGGAAGAGCAAAAAGCAGAGACUAGGAGGAAUCUGUCGGACUUCCGGGCAGAAGACCCUUGUCAAAACAUAAUCCAGAAGCAGGAAGAAGAGAACAAAAAUCCUUCAGGUAGCAGGGCAUUAAUCUCGAAAUUCAAACUUGGAUUGCACCACAGAAUUUAUACAGGGGAGAAACUCUAUCAACGUUCAGGAUGGACCAAGAGCUCUAACGUUCUUCCACGUCAAAAAAUCCAUCCAAGUGAGAGAUCAGAUAAUUGCUCGGCGCAUGGAAAGGACUUUCUUCAGAUAGGUGAUCUUCUGCCGUACCAAAGAAUUUACGGAGAAGAGAAAUUAUUUACAUGCUCCGAGUGCGGAAGGCAAUUCAAUCUGGCCCAACAUCAGCGAUUACACACGGAAGACAAACCCUACCGGUGCUUGGAAUGCAGAAAGAGUUUCGGUAGGAACCCUUCCCUUAUCUCACACAGGGGAAUUCACGCUGAGGGAAAACCGUACAAAUGCUCGGAGUGUGGCAAGACCUUUAGCCACACCGUGGUCUUCGGUCGGCAUAAAAAAAUCCACUGGGAAGAGAAGCCGUACCUGUGCUCGGACUGUCCCAAGACGUUCAACACGAACGCCGGUCUGGUUUCUCACAAGCGGGUUCACACAGGGGAAAAACCGUUCGUGUGUUUGGAGUGUGGAAAGUGCUUUCGGCAAAGAACGCACCUUACGACCCACCGAAGGACCCACACCGGGGAGAAGCCGUACAAAUGCGUUGAGUGCGGAAGGAGCUUCAGUCAGAGUUCGCAUCUUACUUUGCACCAACGCACUCACACGGGAGAGAAACCGUAUCGGUGCGUUAUGUGCGGGAAGACGUUCAGCAACAGGACUUACCUUAAUUGCCACGAAAGGACCCACACGGGAGAGAAACCCUACAAAUGCCUGGAGUGUGGAAAGAGCUUCAGUCAGAGCACCAGCCUUAGCACCCAUAAAAAGAUUCACCGAGGGGUGAAACCGUACACAUGCUUUGUAUGCCGAAAGAGCUAUUCGUGCAAGAAAAACCUCACU